GCCAAGUGAUCGGUAAAUCAGUGGUGCUGUGAGAUGCGUGCUCGCAGCUCUGUAAAAUUUUUCAGUAGUGUGUUCAGGAGCAUCGUCGGGCAUAGUUGUGUGUGGCUUGAUGUGUUCUGGAUGGGAUGUCUCAAUACGAUGCCAUAAUACACCUCUUGGCUGGAGGUCUGGGUGGAACAGCCGGUGCUAUUGCCACCUGUCCUCUGGAAGUGGUGAAGACGCGCCUACAGUCGUCGGUAGCCAAUUUCCACUUCGUCUCCUCCGGGCCCGGCGGUUCCCCAGCGGCCGUCCAGUCUCUCGCUGAGCGCCUGGGCCUCAACGCCUGCACAUGCACUCCGUCCCCGACCGGUGGAAGCGGAGGCUUCACCACCUCGGUGAUCAACACCGACGCCGCUGCAGCCGCCACGAGGGCACCUUCCUUAGGAAUAUGGCGCUGCCUGAAGCAAAUAGUCGAGAUGGAAGGCACCAAGGCUCUUUUCAAGGGUCUCGGACCUAACCUGGUCGGAGUGGCGCCUUCGAGGGCCAUCUACUUUUGUACAUACUCCAACUCCAAGAGCAUCUUCAACGAGCUUCUCCCUUCGGAUACUCCCAUUGUACAUAUCUGUUCAGCAGCCAGCGCUGGCUUUAUGUCCUGCACGGCAACCAACCCCAUCUGGUUCGUGAAGACAAGGCUCCAACUUGAUCAAAGGAUGUAUGGCAGCAUCUCUGCACUGCAGUGCAUUCGGGACAUCUACCAGAGGCACGGCCUCCUGGGCUUCUACAAGGGGAUCACUGCUUCAUACUUCGGCAUCUCGGAAACCAUCAUCCACUUUGUCAUCUACGAGUUCAUCAAGGCUCAACUGCGACAACGCAAGGAGUCCUCGAGGGACUCGUACAACCCUGAUGUCAAGUCCACUCGCGACUUUGUACAGUUCAUGGCAGCAGGUGCUGUCUCUAAGACCUGUGCUUCCACCCUCGCCUACCCACAUGAAGUGGCGAGGACACGGCUACGGCAGGAAGGCGAGAAGUAUCGGUCAUUCUUCCAGACACUGCUUUUGGUGUGGCGUGAAGAGGGCUACCAGGGCCUGUACCGGGGCCUGGCCACACAGCUUGUGCGCCAGAUCCCAAACACGGCCAUCAUGAUGGCCACCUACGAAGCAGUCGUCUACAUGCUCUCACCAGCUGUCUACGGCGCCUCUCCUGCGAACUUGGAUGAUGACUGAAUAACUUCCUCGGGGCCCAUCACGCUGCUGCCAGGUGGAGGAGCAGGAAGGGCCAUUGUUGCAGUCCCAUGGAACUGCGCAGUGCUUUGUAGGCUCAGCGAGACGACUGAUCUUCCCACUCUUCUGGGAGAAGUCAAUGUAUAUGAUCUGCAGAUCUCGAGCGCCGGGGUGCUUUUUUGACCAGAGUGUUUCACUUUAGCAGCACCUUUUACACAUUCGUCCAUAUUUCUGGCAUUGUCUUUCUUUCUUUUUUCGUAAUUAUCUUUGUUAAUAUCAUUUCUUCACCAUGUAGGCAUUUACAAUUUGUCCAAAAAGUGAAGUGGCAAGAACAAAACUCUAAAUUACUUAGCACAGACAUUAGUGUUCAAUUCUAUUUUUCUUCCUUUUCUUUUUCUUACUGGAUGCCUGUGAACUUUCUGGACACAUCAUCCUGAAGGCUUCAGCGUGCCUGAAAUUUUGAGUCAGCCGUCAUGGAUUGCCGUCACAAUGUGCACUUUUGUUCGCUUUCCCGUACUCUGGUCAGAGUGGCAAGCCCGGCCACCAAAAUGGCGUCUGUAGCGAAUGCACUUUCCCGUGCCAAGAAUUCAUCUACGUGCGAACGGUGUUGUUUGCUCUUGUACCGUAGAAGGGUUCUGGAGUUUGGAAGGCUUCGGUGUUGUGAACAACCCUUACCUGAUUGUGUAUGUGUGUGCCUGUGUGCGCGUGAUGGCAGGUCUCAGUUCGGUCCACUUGCAGGUACGCACUUGUCACAAGCUGUGUGCAAAGCAUCCGACUCCUGAAGUACUCGAACAGCCUGCCAUUUUCAGUUGUAAAUAGUAUAAGAGUGGACUGUGGUUCUCUUUGUACAUACUUUGUUUGCUAUGGUACUAAUGUUAUUUGUACACUGUUGUAUUAUUCAUAGCGCUAGUUGCUUGUCACAUUACUUCAUGCUGUGGGGACAUCCUGAAAUUGGAAGAAAGAAAGAAAAAGGUGUACGUUUAAAAAAGAUAGUAUUGGCUAAUACAAACGAACAUACACGAUCGCUAGUGCAAGCUAUUUUUUGGUAGCAUGUUCAGGGUCAGUAGGUCUUGUAAUGCUUGUACGGGCAUUAUUGAAGCACCUUCUCUUUUCCCAUUAUUUGGCAGUGUAAAUCAUUUGUUCUUGCUGUGCAGUGAAAUGUUAGAUAAGUUUUACAAAUGCAACUGAACACGGGGUUGUGUGCAUAUAACUGACCACUAUAUUGCUGCACUCCAGAAAGCUAGCCAAGCAAAGGCUACAAUACAAAGAUUGUUCUUUGCAAGUUACCCUGAUCAAACAAACGAGAACUUUUGUUGGGGCUUUCGUUACCUGCCUGUGACGGAACUUCGCCUCAAUUAUUUUGUCAGCCUUGGUUGUAGCAUAUCUAAAUGUCACGUUGUGCGCCUCUGGCCCUCAGUGUGCCCUGUUUUGCAGCCGUGCUAUGCUCAUUCAGUAUGGAUCAUAAGAUUGCCAUACGUGAAGCUUUGUUUCGUCAAGUACAAAGGGAUGGUUUCGCGCCAGCUGUGUGCAAAGGACUGUGCCAGCCAUGUUCGUUGCCGAGAUGCUCGUUGAAAGUGCCUUACUGAUUUGUAAAGGAAAAAAUGAAAUUAAAGAGAUGUAGCACGUGCGUCUGGGGACCAGACAGGCAGGCAAGCCAAAUGCGUGUUGGAUUUUUUUUCUUUAUUGACAACAAACCGCGAUGCUUUCGAUGUACAUCCAAAAAAUAUCUGUUCAAUAAAGUGGCAGCAAGUGUA